GGAGCGGAAGAUGGAAGAGGAUGAGGUCGCGGAGAGUUGGGAGGAUGCGGCCGACAGCGGGGAGAUAGAGCGACGGUUGGAGAAGAAGUUGAAGAUUACACAGAGAGAGAAUAAAUCAAAGUCUCCUCCGAAAAUCCCCGUGGUUAUCCAGGACGACUCUCUGCCAGCCGGUCCUCCUCCUCAGAUAAGGAUCCUGAAAAGGCCUACGAGCAACGGCUUGGCAAGCAACUCCCAUUGCAGCAGCCGGCCCACAGUGCCUGUGAAGUCUCUGGCGCAGAGGGAAGCCGAGUACGCCGAGGCCAGAAAGCGAAUCCUGGGGAGCGCCAGCCCAGAGGAGGAAGCUGAGAAGCCAGUGGUGGACAGGCCGGCAAGAAUCAAUCAGCUGGAGGAGAACAGACAGCCUAACAAUGUGAUCCGGCAGCCGCUGGGUCCGGAUGGAUCACAGGGUUUCAAACAGCGCAGAUAG